AUGCUAUGUUCCCAAGCCUGGUGGCGAUAUUCGUUUCGUCUCCGCCGUCUUCCGCCAUAUAAAACCUCCCUCCGCCACUUUUCUCCUCCGCCGCCACCACCACCACCACCAACAGCCAUGGGCAAGGCCACCAAUUCGGAGUCCAAGGCCAGCCCGGUCCACUCCAAGGACGAAGCCUAUCUCCAAAUCGUCAUCCCCAAACGCAUUGUUCUCUUUGAAUCCAUCAAAUCCCAACAACUCUCCAUUCUUCAAUCCCUCGCCCACGACCCCAUCAAGAUAACUUUGCCGGAUGGGACGGUGAAGGAAGGCAAGAAGUGGAUAUCGACUCCAUUUGAUAUUGCAAAGGAGAUAUCGAAGAGUUUGGCGUCGAAUGCGUUGAUUUCUUCGGUGAAUGGAUCGCUUUGGGACAUGUCCAGGCCUUUGGAAGGCGAUUGUGAGCUCAAAUUGUUUACUUUUGAUAGCGACGAGGGCCGUGACACCUUUUGGCACUCCAGUGCCCACAUUCUCGGGCAGUCGGUUGAGGUGACCUACGGAUGCAAAUUGUGUAUUGGGCCGUGCACUACUAGAGGCGAGCUCAUUUGGGCUUCUGGGAUACUUAAAUGGGCUCAAUUGGUGAUGGAGGCCUGGAAAAGAUUUCUUAAAGUUGAGUCCAAGACCAACAGCAAGAGGCCCAAAGAAUCAAACUCAGAACACACGCAAGGCCCAUCUCGUGAUUACUACGCCAAGUCAGCGCGCUUCAACCCUCCAAUCUCCUGGUGGCGAUAUUCGUUUCGUCUCCGCCGUCUUCCGCCAUAUAAAACCUCCCUCCGCCACUUUUCUCCUCCGCCGCCACCACCACCACCACCAACAGCCAUGGGCAAGGCCACCAAUUCGGAGUCCAAGGCCAGCCCGGUCCACUCCAAGGACGAAGCCUAUCUCCAAAUCGUCAUCCCCAAACGCAUUGUUCUCUUUGAAUCCAUCAAAUCCCAACAACUCUCCAUUCUUCAAUCCCUCGCCCACGACCCCAUCAAGAUAACUUUGCCGGAUGGGACGGUGAAGGAAGGCAAGAAGUGGAUAUCGACUCCAUUUGAUAUUGCAAAGGAGAUAUCGAAGAGUUUGGCGUCGAAUGCGUUGAUUUCUUCGGUGAAUGGAUCGCUUUGGGACAUGUCCAGGCCUUUGGAAGGCGAUUGUGAGCUCAAAUUGUUUACUUUUGAUAGCGACGAGGGCCGUGACACCUUUUGGCACUCCAGUGCCCACAUUCUCGGGCAGUCGGUUGAGGUGACCUACGGAUGCAAAUUGUGUAUUGGGCCGUGCACUACUAGAGGCGAGGGUUUCUAUUAUGAUGCAUUUUAUGGUGACCUGGGCUUAAAUGAGGAUCACUUUGAACAGAUUGAGUCGGCAGCGAAGAAAGCUGCGGCGGAAAAACAGCCUUUUGAGCGUAUUGAAGUUUCAAGAAAGCAGGCUCUUGAGUUAUUUUCUGAAAAUAAAUUCAAGAUUGAGAUCAUUAAUGAUUUACCUGAAGACAAAACUAUCACGGUGUAUAGAUGUGGCCCUUUGGUUGAUUUAUGUCGUGGACCGCAUAUACCAAAUACAUCUUUUGUGAAAGCAUUUGCUUGUUUAAAGGCUUCAUCAGCCUAUUGGAGGGGAAAUAAAGACCGUGAGAGCUUACAAAGAGUUUAUGGGAUAUCUUAUCCAGAUCAAAAGCGCUUGAAGGAGUAUAUUGCUAUGCUAGAAGAAGCCAAAAAAUAUGAUCACAGAGAAUUGGGUAAGAAGCAGGAGCUUUUCUUUUUUCACCCGCUUAGCCCUGGAAGUUGUUUUUUCCUUCCGCAUGGUACUAGAGUUUGCAAUAAGUUGAGAGACUUUAUACGAAGGCAAUACCGGGAGAGAGGAUACGAAGAGGUUGAGACUCCAAAUAUGUACAACAUGAAACUUUGGGAAACCUCUGGUCAUGCUGCUAAUUACAAGGACAAUAUGUUUGUAUUUGAGAUUGAAAAGCAAGAGUUUGGACUCAAGCCAAUGAACUGCCCAGGGCACUGUUUAAUGUUUGAUCAUAAAGUUCGUUCAUACAGGGAACUUCCACUUCGCCUGGCUGAUUUUGGAGUCUUGCAUCGGAAUGAGGCCAGUGGUGCACUUACUGGAUUAACUCGUGUCAGGAGAUUUCAGCAGGAUGAUGCUCAUAUUUUCUGCAGGGAGUCCCAGGUAAAAGAUGAAGUCAAGAGUGUGUUGGAAUUCAUCAAGUACGUGUAUGAUAUAUUUGGGUUCACAUUUGACCUGAAGCUAUCGACGAGGCCAGAGAAAUUUCUUGGAGACUUGGCAACAUGGGAAAAGGCUGAAGCUGCUCUUACAGAAGCAUUGAAUGAGUCUGGCAAGCCAUGGCAGAUAAAUGAAGGUGAUGGGGCAUUUUAUGGGCCAAAGAUUGAUAUCAGUGUUUCUGAUGCAAUGAAAAGGAAAUUCCAGUGUGCCACACUACAGCUGGACUUCCAACUUCCUGCUCGUUUCGACUUAACAUAUUCAGCGGAAGAUGAAAGUAAGAGGGAGAGACCUGUUAUGAUACACAGAGCCAUACUAGGCUCUGUUGAACGUAUGUUUGCUAUACUUUUGGAGCACUACAAGGGGAAAUGGCCUUUCUGGCUUAGUCCACGUCAAGCCAUUGUUUGCCCAGUGUCUGACAAAUCACAAAAAUAUGCAGAAAAGGUACAAGAAAAAAUUUAUAGUGCUGGUUAUCAUGUCGAUAUUGAUGCAUCUGACAGAACAAUCCAGAAAAAGCUGGACUUCCAACUUCCUGCUCGUUUCGACUUAACAUAUUCAGCGGAAGAUGAAAGUAAGAGGGAGAGACCUGUUAUGAUACACAGAGCCAUACUAGGCUCUGUUGAACGUAUGUUUGCUAUACUUUUGGAGCACUACAAGGGGAAAUGGCCUUUCUGGCUUAGUCCACGUCAAGCCAUUGUUUGCCCAGUGUCUGACAAAUCACAAAAAUAUGCAGAAAAGGUACAAGAAAAAAUUUAUAGUGCUGGUUAUCAUGUCGAUAUUGAUGCAUCUGACAGAACAAUCCAGAAAAAGGUACGAGAAGCUCAAUUGGCACAGUACAACUACAUUUUGGUAGUUGGUGAGCAAGAAGCCAACACUGGACAGGUAAGUGUGCGUGUAAGAGACAAGGAAAACCAUUCAGUUAUGAGUGUUGAUGAUCUGAUUACACACUUCGACAAGGAAAUUGCAGCUUUUCAUUAG